AUAAACUGCUAGGACGGCUAGCUAGCAACCUUACUACUAGAUCGUCUGAGGUAAAAUACAUAAAAAAUAUAACGUAACUUAAUUGCAGUGGUAAAUGUUUCCACUAGUGACUGAUAGCUUUACAGUUAAUGUUACUUUAUAGCCCUUUGGCUAUUUUACACAGCAUUGUAUAUCAUAUAGCUAGCUAGAUAGCUAGCUACAUUUUUAAGAGAAAGCUUUUCAAUUGGCAUCUCUCCCCCUGUUUUAAAUCACAGGAGGGGUCUGGUUUAGAUGUGAGCAGUGCAGGAGGUAGGUUCGUGAGUUGUGCUCCAAUUUUACUGGGGAUAGUUUUAUUUGUGACAUAUGUACAAAUUACAAAUGUGCAAUAGCAGAGCAUAAGCGAGUUGCCACAUCAAUGUUACACUGAAUUAAUUGGUGAAGUUAUUGUUAUUAAAUGUUAUAUUCCAAUGAAUACUUUUUUUGUAUGAAUUAAAAACAACUAUUGAAAACCUUUUGCUCCUGAAUGUCAUUUUAAAGACUGCUGAUAUUUAAAAUAUUGUAUUAUUCAAAUCAUAUUUAGUGCAAUUGUACAUAAUGGAUUGUACAGAAAAGAAACAACAAAGAAAUUUAAAAAAGGACUUUACAAAAAAUAGCCAAUUAUUUCCCUUUAUAGUUUAUUUGCCUAAGCAUGACCUUCAUCCACAUACCAUUUCUUUCCCCAAACCUUGCUUUUUUGUGUCAGUGUCAGCAAUUAGAGGGGGGUGCUGAUUACCCCCCUAGCACCCUAUGCCUACAAAUUAAUCGAAGAGUAAAUCUCGGCCUAGCCUGCUGCCUACCCAUUACCAAACCCUUGUUUAACUGUAUACAUUGAUUUAUUGGUUCAUACUGAAUACUGUACUAUCCACCGUUUCUUCUGUAAUUGAUUUCUGUGGGUGGUGAACUGGGUGGUUAAAAUUGACCGAUGUAAAAAAUCUAUCGAAACAGUCCAAUUCACUUCUAGACAAGGCAUGCAAAGAUGUAUUCCCUUUAGCCUACAGCCCACCGCCCACAGCCAGGUACAAAGCGCCACCGAGACGAUGAUUUUGUUGUAUAUGGCACGUGUUUUAAAUAUUUAUUCACGUGCACAACCGACGAACUCAGCGCAACCCGGAUCGCUCCGGCGGGCGGCUGGUGUGAUAACCGACUCCGCCUCUUCUCCCAAAGUAUAAAUUGUACUCACGCAGCCGAUAGAGUGUAAAACAAGAGACUGGAGAGGAGACCAUUACCAACGAAAAGAAAUAGGUCAAUAAUCUCAGACAUGGGAGACCAGAUGCGCUAUGCCAUCAGUGUCCGGAUUAUUGGAGUGAUGCAUAAAGAGGCAUCUAAAAUCAAGAUGUUUAUGACCUCUGUUCUGUGGUCUGAUGAGAGUGAAGUCAUUGUCUACAGAUCAUUAUUGGAUUUUAAGGAGUUUCACAGGCAAUUGAAGAAGAGGUUUCCCCUUGAGAAUCCUUUCCGCAAGAGAGACAGAGUGAUUCCCAAAUUCAGAGCCAUAGCUAUGAGGAGAAAGAUCCAGAAGAAGGAUCCUAGUUGGUCAAUGCGUCGGAUGAAUUUACUGGAAAACUACUGUAGCGAGCUGCUCAGGUGUGACCCCGUGGUGAGCUGCAGUUCAGAGGUCACCCAGUUCUUCAUGCCCAAAGACCACGACCUGCAGGCAGACUUCACCAAAAACAGCGUCAUGAUCCUACCAUCGGGGGAUGGGCUGGAGGACAUGAGCGGGCAGCGUCUGAGCCUGGGCAACGUGACACACCCUUUUGUGAGCCAGUCUUACUGCUGUGUGGGGCCCUACAACACCAAGGACACUAAGAACAGGCCCUUUAAAGUGGCCUUGGAUGAGAGGCUGGAUGUGCUCAUCAAAGACCCAGCAGGCUGGUGGCUGGUGGAGAACGAGGACAAACAGUUGGCCUGGUUCCCUGCUCCUUACCUAGAGAUGUGUGAGGCAGAGAAGGAUGGAGAUGAAUUGGAUGGAAUUCCCUUGGGGGGAACGCUCUACUGCGCUGUGAGGAGUUACUCCACUAAGAAGCAUGACGAGGUGCCUGUUCCUAUUGGCUCUGUGGUCGAGGUGCUGAGGAAAUCAGACGACGGAUGGUGGCUCAUCAGGUAUAAAGGCAGAACGGGCUACUCUCCCUCCAUGUACCUGCAGCCUUACAACAACCCACGUGCUGGCCUCCACAACCUGCAGAGAAAGCUGCACAGCUCCUCUCUCAAUCUGGCAACCCACAUGGACAGCUCUACUCUCAACUUGGCAUCCAGCAGAGACAGCCAAUCUGGCAACUGUUACCCACCCACACUGUAUGAGGAGACAGGGCUGCAGCAGCACACAUCAACCCAGCCCAGGGAUGAUCCGUACCGGGCCUCCUGUCUCCAGAAGACCCGCUCUCUGGAGCUCCUGUCUGAGACCCGUCCCGACAUGGCCGUCCCUCCAUCCCAAAGAGAGAGAGAAGACCUUGAGUCAAAUCCGGAUCCAGCAAUCCGCAAGAGCAGCAUCAGCUGGACCAAGUCCUCCAACUCUGACAUCAGCUCGUCAGGCCGGAAUGUCAGGACGUCUUCUUCCAGCUGCAGUGAGGAGGAGCCCCAGAGCCCCCCAAACAGCCCCAGGUCUUCACCCCAGCUAAGGGAGCGUAACAAUGGCUGCAGCAUCCCAGAAAAGAGUCUGUCAUCCAGCCCUAUCUCCAGGUCUGAGACUGGGUCCUGUAAGAUGCCCACCACUGCACCCAGGGUGCCCCCGCGACCCAGAGCCCAGGAGAUCCUGACCCGGUGUACCACCAUGACCCGCAAGGCUGCCUUGGCCUCCAGAGGGAGGCUGUUCUCCCUGCAGGACCCUGUCCAGACCCACUAGAAAGGCUGGGAGCGGUGGCGGGGGAACUGGGAGAUGGGGUUAGGGUUAUGGGGAGCCGUGGGUGGUGGAGAGUGGGGUUUUUGGGGUUACACUAUUCUCUCCAGGUUGACUUUACAUGAAGCGCAGUACUUUGAGUAUGGCUUGCAAUACAAGGGUUACAUUGGCAUAAAAAUGCCUAUUCUGUAUGUUACGUUAACCAUAAUUCCAUCCAACCAUUUUUAUAUGAGUAAAGUACCUGUUGAAUAAAAAAAUCACUACAGGACUGAUGGAAACGGUAUAAUUGUUAGUAAACUUUCUAAAUCUUGACAGAACAAAAUACGUAAAACAGGGGAAUAAGUUUUUGUCUGUGAAAUACACUACAUGACCAAAAGUAUGUGAACAACUGCUUGUCGAACAUCUCCUUCCAAAAUCAUGGUCAUUAAUAUGGAGUUGGUCCCCCCUCUGUUUCUUUACCAGCCUCCACUCUUCUGGGAAGGCUUUCCACUACAUGUUGUAGCAGUACUUCCAUUCAGCCACAAGAGCAUUAGUGAGGUCGGGCACGGAUGUUGGGCGAUUAGGCCUGGCUCACAGUCUGCAUUCCAAUUCAUCCCAAAGGUGUUAGAUGGGUUUGAGGUCAGGGCUCUGUGCAGGCCAGUCAAGUUCUUCCACACCGAUUCCGACAAACCAUUUCUGUAUGGACCUCGCUUUGUGCACAGGGGUGUUGUCAUGCUGAAACAGUAAAGGGCCUCCCCAAAACAAUUGCCAAACAAUUGGAAGCACAGAAUCGCCUAGAAUGUCAUUGUCAUGCUGUACUUGUUUUUUUAAUUAGUUAAAUGAAAAAAUAUAUGACAAAGUGAUUUUUAUGUGCACUACGUAAUUACGCACAGCUUUUCAUUUUCAUGAAGCCAGUUUGAUGUUAACAGACAGAAGGUGAAAUGUGGAUAUUUUUUGGGUGCGCAUAUUAAGAUAUUUGCUUGAACAUCUUUUGCCAAAUUGAUGGAACUCUAGCUAGUGUUGAACUUUAAAAUGUGCUGACAACUUUCUGAUGUUAUUUAUCAUUGAUAAACUAUUGCUAUUUAAUUAUACUUAUUUAAAUUAGCAUGAAAUGCUCACAGGUACUAGUCUUAACCUUUUAAAGCCACACUCCUUAAUUUGUGCAUACCCUUAAAGAGUAGGCCCCAAACAAAAAAAUAAUAAUUUGACAUGCAAAUAAAUAAUACUACUCCUAUUACUACACGGUAACAGCUGAAACAAGCACACAAAUGUUCACAAAAAUGUCCCUUUUCUAUUUUGAGAUGAAACAAAUGUUCACAAAAAUGUCCCUUUUCUAUUUUGAGAUGAAACAUUAUAUUCUGAUGAUAUUUUCAAUGCACCUUUCCUGUCUGAUUUUAAUAUGAAGGAAUGAGACACGGUUGUCUCUGAAAGAUACGGGAUGACACAGAAUUAAAUAUAGUAUGCUUGUAUGAUAUCAUUUGUAUCUACAUUGCUUUAAUAUUGUAGAAUGAUUUUCAUUAUGAUGUUGAAAUUGCGCAUUUGUUUCCGGAGGGGCAUUUUCAAGAGGGUUCAGUUUCAAUGUAUUAUUGAAAUGCAUGGAAAUGCUCUCGUUCUACCCCUUUAGAGUUGACCAAUGACUGGUUUGUUUGUUGUAGCCUACAUAUCAUUCUUCUAUUGGUGUCUGAAGUCACUGUUAUUCCAUACUGGAAUUUUACUGUAACUAUUUAUCAUUACUCUCUGUAUGCCUUAUAUGCAAUCAACAUUAUCCUAUAAACUUAAUUCAAUGUAUUUGUCUUCUCUCUUUCCAAGUCUUAUUUUUUUACAGUGGUCAUGUUUCAUAUAUCUUCCACCUGUAUAGUAAUUAUGUAUUGUAUUUUACAGUAUUGUAUUGUACUUAUGUAUUGUAGUGGUCCUGUACAUGGCUCAGUUCAAAAGAGCAUGGCGCUAGCAACACCAGAGUUGUGGGUUCAAUUCCCACUGCGGUCACAUACCAACAUGUGUGCACUGUUGUCACUUUUGAUAAAGGUGUCUUCUACGUAAUGGUUUAUAUUACGGUAUUACAGUACCAUAUUUCUCUCCCACCCAUCAAACAGGCCCCAGCAACUUCAUUUUGGACACAUGUUUACUGUAUAGGGGAUGCAUUUCUUUCUUGCUGUGGACUUCCUGGAUAAUUGGCGUAUUGGUAUUGUAUUACUGCGCUAUAGGAGCUUUUUGCUGCACCUGUAC